UGUCAUGUUCUCUCUUUUUCAUCCUACACCCUCUUUUUCCCACUUCACUCUUCUCCAUAGCUCACACUGUCUCCCAAAAUUCAGUCCAUUUUUCAGACCUCGUUUCCCACAUUAAACCAAACAACAUGAAAACAAACACUAACUUGGCCUUUUGUCACUAAACCAAAGAACUUGACUUUGUUAGUUCUUGCAAUGUCCCCAUUGAUGCUUCUUCUCUGCUUUCUUCUUCUACUAUCUUACACUUUCCACUUCAGUUCUUCUUCCACAACCCCAUCUGCUCCAUUAAACUCUUUACUUCCAUCCGACGCCGUUUCUUUACUCUCCUUCAAAUCCAAAGCUGACCUUGACAACAAACUUCUCUACACACUUAACGAACGCUUUGACUACUGUCAGUGGCAAGGAGUUAAAUGUGUACAAGGUCGUGUUGUGCGUUUUGUUCUUCAAGGUUUUAGUCUACGAGGUACUUUUCCGACAAACAGUUUAACUAAUCUUGACCAACUCCGAAUCCUUAAUCUUCGCAACAACUCACUUUCCGGUACUAUCCCUGACCUGUCCGGUUUACCCAACCUUAAAACUUUGUUUCUUGAUCAUAAUUUUUUCUCUGGAACUUUCCCUAUUUCUCUUCUUUCUCUUCACCGUCUUGUUAUUCUUGAUCUUUCUCGUAACAAUCUAACGGGUUCACUUCCUGUUGAGCUUACUGUUCUUGACCGGUUGAGCUAUCUCAAGCUUGAUUCUAACUUGUUCAACGGUUCGAUUCCGGCUUUGAACCAAACACAACUCAAAAUUUUCAAUGUUUCCAAUAAUAACCUUACUGGCCCAGUACCUGUUACUCCAACUUUGAAGAAAUUUAACGAACGUUCGUUUUUAUUUAACCCUAGUCUUUGUGGUGAGGUUGUUAAUAAGCCGUGUCGGGCAGCUCCAUUCUUUGACUCGCCUUCUGGUGUUGCUUCUCCACCUACACCGUUAUACCAAGAUGCACAGUCACAGGGUAUUCUUCUUGCCCCUCCAACUCAACAUAAGCACAAAAAAGUUGGUGUUAUUUUGGGUAGUAUGGUUGGAACAUUGAUUGUAAUUGCAGGUGUUCUAAGUCUUUUUGCUUUUGUGAAAAAGAGAAGAGAAGAAACUGAACCAAAACCAACAAAAUGCGCCAUUGAAACCAUUACUAACAGUGCAGUGAACACAACAGCUUCUGGGGCUGCAGAUAAUAGUAUCCAAGAGGUUAAAUUAGAAAAAGAAGUGAAAUUACCUCAAGGUCCCCAGCGGUUGAAGAGUGGAAACCUGAUAUUUUGUUCAGGGGAAACAGAGUUGUAUACUUUAGAGCAAUUAAUGAGAGGGUCAGCAGAGUUACUUGGAAGGGGCACAAUUGGAACAACAUAUAAAGCUCUAAUGGCUAGUCAGUUAGUUGUUACAGUGAAGCGAUUGGAUGCUUGUAAAACUUCAAUUACGUGUAGUGAAGCUUUUGAGCAACACAUGGAGUCAGUUGGGAUGUUGCGGCACCCCAAUUUGGUUGCAGUUAGAGCAUACUUUCAGGCUAAACAAGAAAGACUUGUUAUCUAUGAUUAUCAGCCUAAUGGCAGUCUCUUCAAUCUAAUUCACGGUUCAAGAUCAACAAGGGCAAGGCCCCUUCACUGGACUUCGUGUCUCAAAAUAGCAGAAGAUGUGGCUCAGGGCCUGGCUUACAUCCAUCAAGCGUCAAAGCUCACUCAUGGCAACUUGAAAUCUUCCAAUGUCCUUCUAGGAUCUGAUUUUGAGGCCUGUCUAACAGAUUACUCCCUCAUCGUCCUUGCGGACAUUUCUUCGGAUGAUGAUCCUGAUUCAGCACGCUAUAAAGCACCAGAAGUUCGGAAAUCUGCACGAAGAGUCACUCCAGGGUCCGACGUAUAUGCCUAUGGCAUUCUAUUAUUAGAGCUUUUAACGGGUAAACCUCCAUCUCAGCAUCCGCAUCUCUCUCCCCCUGAUGUGCCGGAUUGGGUUAGAGCUAUGAGGGAGGAUGAUAACGAGGAGGAUAGAUGGCUUGCAAUGCUAGUUGACCUUGCUAGUAUAUGUAGCUUGACAUCACCAGAACAGAGACCGACGAUGAGGCAAAUCUUGAAAAUGAUACAAGAUAUAAAGGAUAAUGAAAUGGUGGAGAAUAACAAACGUGAUGCACAUACUGGAUACUCAUAGCUUCUGAAACCAAUGUGGAUAAUGAAAUCAUUUGUCCGUGUCUCCCACUUUGGCAAGGUGCCAUUAGUUGACAACAGAUACUGCCACUGAGUUUUGCCCAGAUGGACCAAAUGACCUGUCAGCUGUAAUGGUGCUGGUACCUCACUACUCAGUAAACGACCUAAAACUGACAGGUUAAGGUCUUUCUACUAGAACAUGGUCAACUUAGUCACUGAUCAUUAUGACACACAUUUUGUACUCCUCCCCGAAACCCCCCUCUAUUUUAGUCACAUAACAUAUGGAUGCAAAGGGAGAAUUGUUUACAGCUGCUACGCCUAUGUAUUUAGGUGGUUUUAGUUGGUUCUUUUUCUAAGUAAAUGUGAAAUGCACUCGCUUUACCUUAAUGGCAGAA